UCUUUGUCUACCUCUGUGUCUCUCUGUCCCUCGCUUUGUCCACCUCUGUCCCUCUCUCUGUCCAUUUUUAUGCCCCUCUGUAUGUCCCUCUGUCCACCUCUUUGUCCCUCUGUAUGCCCCUUUGCAUGCCCAUCUGUCUGUCCCUCUCUCUGUCCACCUCUCUGUCUUUCUGCAUGUCCCUCUCUCUGUGUCCCUCUCUCUGUCCCUCUGUAUGUCCCUCGUCUCCCUGCAGGACCAUGAACAGAGGAGACCACUCCAUCAUCUCCCAGGCGAGGAGAGAGAUGGGAGACAACUGGAUAAACUACAUCUCCAUCGCUGGUUUGAGGACGCACGCUGACCUGGAGGGGAAGCUGGUCAGCGAGCUCAUCUACGUGCACAGCAAGAUGCUCAUCGCCGACGACAACACCGUCAUCAUCGGUUCUGCAAACAUCAACGACCGGAGCAUGCUGGGAAAGAGGGACAGCGAGGUGGCGGUGAUCGUGGAGGACUCGGAGACGGUGACCUCGGUGAUGGACGGGCGGGAGUACCAAGCCGGGAAAUACGCCCUGCAGCUCCGCCUUGAGUGCUUCAA